GUUAUAGUUAAUGGUAAAUAAAAGGGUUUGGAGGGGAGAAUGACGCGGGGUCGCCGGACUGCCUCCGGCAACCGAAUAUAAGCUGAUCAUUUUCGCUCCAGCAUCCAUAGCCAGUCUUGUACUCAGUGCCUGUCAAACCGAAACUAGAUUACAAACAUGAAAGUCAUUGCCCUCAUCUUGGUGAUCGCCUCAGUCGCUGCUGCACAGCAAAUUCAAGCCGUGGUAAGGAUUAUGCCCCAUAAUUCACAAUCAACGGCGAACGGCACGAUCAAGUUCAUGCAGGAUAAGCCUAAUGGACCUGUCACUGUGACUGGAACAAUUACUGGAUUGAAACCUGGCAAGCAUGGAUUCCAUAUCCACGAGAAGGGAGACCUCACUCAGAACUGCACAUCAUUUGGUGCCCACUUCAAUCCCGAGAAUAAAACUCACGGAGCUCCUACGGACACUGAAAGGCACAUUGGAGAUCUUGGAAAUAUUGAAGCCAAUGACCAGAGUGUAGCUACCAUCCACAUCGUUGAUAAAGUCAUCUCCUUGAGUGGACCUCACAGUAUCAUUGGACGUGGUGUCGUUGUUCACAGUGGUGUUGAUGACUUGGGGAAGAAUGAAGACCAAGGAUCAAAAACCACUGGCAAUGCUGGUGAUCGUGUAGGAUGCGGUGUUAUCGGUAUCAUGUCCCCAACCGGAAAACUGCCAGGUUCAUCAGCUACAACUAUGUCUCAUACCAUUGGCAUGCUUCUACUGUCAGUAGUCAUGACAUUUUUUGGUCAACAAGGCUGAAUGAAUUCUCUCAUCUCAGAUAUAUAUCAUCGUCAUCAAGCGCAUAGGCAAGAUCCAAAGAAAAUUAAUUACUUAAGUUAUAUAUUCUUUGAAUACUUAGUAUUUAUAAUAACCAACUUUGUCCAUUUUUUGUAAUUAUUUAAAUGUCUCAUGAGACACUAGUAAUUUUAUAAAUGUUUAUGACUGUUUGUCACGGAUAUCUAUGGUACUUAAUGAUUGUACAUAUUUUACAAUUAUUUCUUGAUUUUACUGUAUGGAAAUAAUUUCGGUUUGUAGGGAAUUAUAUUUUGGAGAAUAUACAGCUUUUGAAAAAUAAAUAAAUGGGAAUAGUUCUAA